AUGGUGCUGAAACUGCCGCGGAGGAAAAGCACAUUUAAUUCGUCUUCAGCUGACAUUUGGCGCAACACCGAGCACACUGGAUGCACGCAGACCGAGGACGGAGUGGCGACAAGGGGCGAACUACCUGUUAGCUUCUCCCGGCUGCAGCGCGGAGGACUCAGAAUAAAACAGGUUAAAGAAGGAGAGAGGAAGAGGAUCCAGAGGAGCGUGUGUUUGCGGAGACAGAGGAGGGUAUGCCCGGCUCUCUGCACCCGGACCUGCGGCUGCUGUUACUGCUGGCCUGCUGCCACACACCGGGGCUGGUCGGAGCGAGUGACGGUGCCAGCAGCCCCGGUGAAUGUGUCGGUGACCCAGCUGAGGGCACACUCGGCCAUGGUGACCUGGAACAUCCCUCAAGGAGACACCGUCAUCGGACACUCCAUCACACAGCAGAGGCAGGACGGCCUCAUGCAGCGCUCCAUCCGAGAGGUGAACACCUCCAGCCGCUGGUGUGUGCUAUGGGACCUGGACGAGGACACAUACUACAGCGUGCAAGUGCAGUCUGUUGGGCCGCAUGCUGACAGCCAGCCUAGCCGAGCCGUCCACUUCAGGACUCUGGAGAGGAACGACCACUAUCCAGCCGGAGUCCUCGACCAGCAUGAACCUGCGAUGGAGGGGCUGGGUAUGACGACUCACCUUCAGACCGGAGAGCUGCUCAUCGUCACCACGGUGCUGCUGCUGUGGGCAGCCGUCAUCGCCCUUUUCUGCCGACAGUACGAUAUUAUCAAAGACAACGACUCCAGCAGCAGCAGAGACAAAGCCAAAAGGCCGCUGGUGCGAGCCCCCCCGCCCUACUACAACCCCUCGGCCGGCAGCUCGCCGAUCUACCACAACGGAGCCGUGCACAGCAGCAGGCUCCACAGAGCCUCCUCCUCCAUCAGCAUCAUUAGAGUCUGACUUCCUGUACAGCAGAGGACGGCUGGAGUCACAGAUGUGUGACAUGAGGAACUCCAGUGGGAUUAUCCUGACAAAGAGAGGAUUUAUAGACCUGACUGAGAGUCUAAUUUAUUGUAAUGUAUGGGAAAGUGAGAAGCACUCAAUGCAAAUUAACGUCUGGUGGAAAUGGACAAAUACUGCCCUCUUGUGGCAAGACUGCAACAUCGAAAAACAAACUGGA